AUGUCUCAAUUCCGCGCGGCCAAGCUGGACAUUGGAUGUUUCGCAAAGAUUCGCAAUAUCCGCGACCACACCAAGCGGAAGGUGUACUCGGAGAAUGAGCCAGAACGACAAGCUCUGCGAUACCUGAUCCGCAAUACCACGCUUCCGCAACGAGUCCGCGCGCAGGCUCAGCUCCAGCUCUCGCAGAUGCACUGCUACACACGCUACACCCAGAUCAAGAACAGGUGUAUAAUGGGCGGCAAGGGCCGUGGUGUCUUCAGCGACUUCAGAAUGGGCCGAUAUCAAUUUCGCGUAAACGCUCUCGCGGGGAACCUGCCGGGCGUGAAGAAGGCAAGUUGGUAG